AUGAAGCAGUUCUAGAGUUGUGUGUGGUUUUGUUGGUCGCAGGAGUCUCCUCUUCGUCCUGUACUAUCGUAUUCUUUCAGGUCCAAGCUGUGUUUGGAUGUUUCUAGUUCUACGUAAGAGCAAUUAACAGAAAUAAAAAUGGUGUACCAGUACAACUACAAACAUAAUCACCACGCCCGUGGUCGUCGUGCUAGUGGCAACAUUCCACCUGCUGCCAAUAGUGCGAUGGGGCCCAAGGAGGUCUGUUGUACGUCUAAGCCGCAGGACCACGACCCGCCCGUUGCGUACAACAACUCGCACAACCACAGCCGGAUGAAGAAUUCUCAUUUUGCAAAUUAUCCGCAGACAAUCGGCCAGACACGAACGUCCUUCCACCAGCCGCACGCUACCAAGCACAACAGCACCAGUGGCACAUUCGAACAGGACUCCUUCUACAGUCCUUCCGGGAGACCGUCGUGUACUAAUCACCAGCCGACCCGUCGAAACUCGUAUCAGUCUCGCACCGGAUUGGCGCACAGCGCAACUAGUACACGGGGUGGAGGAAUGGCUUCGGCUUGUGGACACCAGCAUAAAAUCGGUUCGUCGUCUGUGGUGAGGGCCGAGAUUCAUUUCAACAAUCCAGGACGAAGUGUAGAUGAUCAUGUUCAGGAUUACCAUGAUGAAGCAGCUUCUCACCGUGAUCCACUUCCAGACUCGAUCCCAAAUCAUGCGGUGCGGCGACUGUCUGACGUUGAAAUCGAAAUUUCUCCGUCGAUGUUGCCGGAGUGGCAACAAGUGGCUGGACGAGAAACCGGGACGUCGAUUUUGAACCCGACCUCGACCAGUGGAAACAACAUCUACCACCACUUUUCCUCAUUUUCAUCUGCGAGCGAAGACCAAAUUCCGGGCGACUACUUUGGGCAGCAGGAGCGGACGCAGACCGCGACAGGAAUGAUUUUUGCGGACAAUCAUCAAAACCUGAAAUCGCAGGAGAAGCACCUACAGGAGCACGAUUUCAUUUCCGGCUUCGCCCCCGUGCAGCCUGCGAUCAUUUCGCCGAGCACGAGCAAAGAACAAAUUCCGGUAGGAGUGUGAAUCACCUCCCCACCCCUUUGAAUCACCUCCCCACGCAUCACCCCCCCACCCGUAUCACCUACCCACCUCCCCCGCAUCACCUCGUGACGCGACCGCAUCACCCCGCGUCUCCUCCUCGUGUGCUCUUUCCCUUCUCCGCCCUUGCGCGUCACCCUUUUGCCUUCCCCUUCUCCCUGGCCCUUCUGAAUGUUGUGCGCUCUUGGCCCCCGGCGUGCCUCCCUGCCUUGACUCCCUGCGGCAUUGGUUUGCGUGCCCCGUGGGUCGUUCCAUGCUCGCCACGUUAGGGCCACCGGCCGACAUCUGGUGGCCGCGUACAUAGGCGCAUCUGUCAUGCAGGAUGAGGGCUCACGUGCGUUGUGGCAGAUAGCUGCUGGCUUCAUGGCCGCGAGGUAGAUCGAUAGCACAGAACGAAGCCAAGCAACAAGCAUCCAGACGUAGGCACGUUCUGGUCGACCAUCGCGGGGAAGCGCAACGCGGUGGGGAAGUGUUGGACGGCAGGGAGGUGGGGAAGUACCUCCCCACCUCCCCACUACUGGGGAGGCACCUCCCCACACGUGGGGAGGCACCUCCUCAGGGUGGGGAGGUAGGGAGGUGGGGAGGUGAUGCGUGGGGAGGUGAUUCACACCAUAGCCACAAAUUCCGGUCGACUACUUUGAGCAGCAGAAGCGGGCGCAGACUGCGACAGGAAUGAUGUGUGCGGGCAAUCAUCACAACCUGAAAUCGCAGGAUGAGCAACAGCAGCACGACUUCAUUUCCGGCUGCGCCCCCGUGCAGCCUGCGAUCAUUUCGCCUACCACGAGCAAAGAACAAAUUCCGGUAGGAGUGUGAAUCACCUCCCCACCCCUUUGAAUCACCUCCCCACGCAUCACCCCCCCACCCGUAUCACCUACCCACCUCCCCCGCAUCACCUCGUGACGCGACCGCAUCACCACCGCAACGGCCGGAGGUGAUGCAGAAGCAGAGCCGGCUGCGGCCUUGGUUGUUUCGGGUCUAUGGUUUAGGGCUCGGGGUUUAGGCUCGUCGAGGCCAGCUGGCGCGAUGGCGCCGUCGCGCCGGCUGGCUCCGACGAUUGUCUCCUCCUCGUGUGCUCUUUCCCUUCUCCGCCCUUGCGCGUCACCCUUUUGCCUUCCCCUUCUCCCUGGCCCUUCUGAAUGUUGUGCGCUCUUGGCCCCCGGCGUGCCUCCCUGCCUUGACUCCUUGCGGCAUUGGUUUGCGUGCCCCGUGGGUCGUUCCAUGCUCGCCACGUUAGGGCCACCGGCCGACAUCUGGUGGCCGCGUACAUAGGCGCAUCUGUCAUGCAGGAUGAGGGCUCACGUGCGUUGUGGCAGAUAGCUGCUGGCUUCAUGGCCGCGAGGUAGAUCGAUAGCACAGAACGAAGCCAAGCAACAAGCAUCCAGACGUAGGCACGUUCUGGUCGACCAUCGCGGGGAAGCGCAACGCGGUGGGGAAGUGUUGGACGGCAGGGAGAUGGGGAGGUGGGGAAGUACCUCCCCACCUCCCCACUACUGGGGAGGCACCUCCCCACACGUGGGGAGGCACCUCCUCAGGGUGGGGAGGUAGGGAGGUGGGGAGGUGAUGCGUGGGGAGGUGAUUCACACCAUAGCCACAAAUUCCGGUCGACUACUUUGAGCAGCAGGAGCGGACGCAGACUGCGACAGGAAUGAUGUGUGCGGGCAAUCAUCAAAACCUGAAAUCGCAGGAGGAGCAACAGCAGCACGAUAUCAAAAGGAAAAAUCCCCCCUCCCCAUAUCAAAACGAAAUUUCUGAUGCUGGAUUUGGGUACACAAAUUUGUGUUGCAGAAAGGCAUGGCGGCCAGAUCCGCCGGCUAGCUGGGGGCGUAUGGGUCUAGUUGCUCAGCAUGGCAAACGGCCUCCCUUUAGGCCCAACGGCAUGACAAAACGCCUCGAUAAUAUGGCGGAAGCUUUUGCCCUUGUCUUCUUGCAAGACAGAUGUGAUUUGUGACCUCAAAUCAGCAACACAAAUUUCCGGAGACAUACCUUUUCAAUAUGGGGAGGGGGGAUCUUUCCUCUCAAUACACGACUUCGUUUCCGGCUUCGCCCCCGUGCAGCCUGCGAUCAUUUCGCCGAGCACGAGCCGUAGCGGUUCUUCAGAGACCACUGCGUCCUCCGCGAUGCACUCCAAUACAACUGCUGCUGUAGUUGGGGCCGAGAGUGGUUGUAAUAUUAUUGUCAACCAGGAACAAUUAAACGAGAACAAGAGCAAUUCCGAGCAGCAACAGCAGCAACAGCUGUCGAUGGACCACCCAAAAGUGUUUCAGAAGCCGGGGCUGGGCAACGAGCGCGCGCUGUUCCUGCAGCGCGACCUGAGCACCGGGGCGGUGAUUCGCGAGAUCGUGGUGUCCAAGAAGUUUUUGGCCACGGUGAAGAUCGGCAUCCCCGCGCGCCACCCGUUCGGCGCCGCGAAACGGCUGAUCGGGCCCCGGGGGCACAACAUGAAGCUGAUCUCGUCUAUGGAUGCGUCAGGAUCGAAAUCAACAAAAGCGAAAAAUUUGCGAUGCAUGAAAUCGAUACCAGUUGGACCCCCAGUUUUCAAGUGGCGCAUGACAAAUUUUGGGGGCUGAUAAAUCCAGUCUGUCAUGCUGUUUGGGCAAAGUACUUAGACUGCUCCUGUCAUGCUGCUCUGGCAACGCGUCUUCUUCCCCUAUUAAUAAACAGGCUUGCAAUCGGUCUCAUUUGCCUUCUUCCCAACACAGGCCUUAUGUGCCCUACAUUCUAUGCAUAUACAAGUUUUGCGAUUUUGUCGAUUUCGAUCCUGACACUCCCAUAUCGUCCCUGGUGCCAGGGGCGAAAUUGCGGCUCAAGGGCAGUUCGACCAAUGAGGACGCGCAGCGGGUGGGGGGAGCGCCGGAACAGGUAGUAUUGUAGAUGGGAUAGUUGGAUUCCUUUCUGUGAUGUUCUAUAUCAUGUAGAAAUAAAUCCCGAUGCGAUUCAUUUUCAUAAUUCAUGAGUGAAAAUGAAUGAGUCUGCAUCUUCAUCUAUUCUUCUUCGCACCCCUGCUUCGGCAUGAAAUAAAGUCUCAAACGUUUCCAAACAGCCCCUGCAGCUUUUCAUCUCCUGCCAUGGGAGCGACAACUACGUUCGUGUGAAAGCGCUGACCACGAAACUGCUCACCCUCGUCUACCAGGACUUCAACACCUACACGAGGAACACGCACCGAGUGACUGUGCAGUGGAAGGACCACCCGCUGAACCCACAAAUUGCGGAUCUGCACGACCGGUUAGCCGCGCUGAAGCCGCUUGUGGACUCCGUGUCCUUCGUGCUGGCGGUCACUACGAAUGCGAAUUCAGCCGUAUCUGCUGGUGGAAACAACAGCAGUUUUAAUACAACAGCUGCAUCUGGUCGUGCUUUUGGUUCAUCUUGUCACCAGCACGGGGGCAACGGAAUGAACAACUACAACGGGGGGAAGAAUCCAAAUCCUUAUCCUUCCGUGUACAUGCACACUGCCAGCGGCGGCACAAACCACCAGAUUAAUAUUGGCGGGCCGCCCGGAGGCAGCUGCAAUGGUCCGCGAGAUGGAAGUCAGCUAGGCGAAGCAUAUCACAACGUCUGCUGGGCGGAGGGGGACCAAGAAGUUGGGUACGGAGACAAUGACAACUGUAACUACCACCAAGUGUAGAUGGGCGAAUAAUUCGUCUACUACCACAACAAACCACUGGUAUUAACUAAUCGCGAUCGCCGAGCCGAUGGAUUAACGAAAAAUAAUUAUUGAUCAUGUUUGUGAUUAUCGUCCGAGUUCCUGACGGCUAUCUUGCCGAGCAGCUUGCUGACUGUGUGUAAUUCAUGAUUAAGGGUUCCCACGGGCACGGUAGGAUUAGCUUUUAGCCCUAAGAAAUUGAAAUUCUGCAUCCCGGUUUAUUGUUGUUGACCCACCUCAUCCUCAUGUACAUGUACAGAUGCAGGGAAAAAAACUCUACCACACUACUUCAGCUUACUACUUGUUAAAAAUGUCUGAAAGCACAGUGUAUCUAUGUUAUUCGUAUCUUACUGGUAAAGUCCUGACCUUGUUGUACAAAAGUUUCAGCAUCUCUAUUCUUGCUCACAAUUUGUAAUUUUCGCUCCGUUCGUCUCUGUAUCAAAAGUCACGAAAUCUUGUAAAAAACAAAAUCAGUUUGUAAAUUGUAAAUUCAACUUUUCGUCUUCUCUCGUCUGUUGUACUCUACCGGAAAACUAAACGAUCGUCCUACCUGUACCUUAGUUCCAAAAAUGACUGCACUCUACUACGUCGCAUUAGGUUUAGGCCUCACUGUAAAACUAAAUAAAUCAAAAUGAGAUAAUUGCGCUACUUGCCAAGCAGCAAAUUGAACGUUGAUCCUCAUCUUCAAAGAAUACAAAAACCAAUGAAUGUUGUGGGCUACCACAAAGGACAAACGUCGAUGACACGCAUCAAUGUGAGCGUCGUGCCCACCGCGUUUAUUGGACCGCGUCCGGGUCCGCUUUGUUUAGGUGAAGAAAGUCAGAUGUAUCCUUUCUCAUUCGAUGACCAGCAGAGGCGGGAG